UAUCAAUCUCCUGCGUCACUUCCGGUCCUCGCUCUUUUCUCUGAGCUUCUAUCGGCUGUGUGACCCGCGUGUUUACACACUCCCAGAUGAAGGAGUACAUAAUGAACCAGGAGAAGCUCGCCAAACUGCAGGAGCAGGUCCGCAUAGGAGGCAAGGGGUCGGCCCGCAGAAAGAAGAAGGUGGUGCACAGGACGGCAACAGCAGAUGACAAGAAGCUGCAGUUCUCCCUCAAGAAACUGGGAGUCAACAACAUCUCUGGCAUUGAGGAGGUGAAUAUGUUCACAAACCAGGGGACGGUGAUCCACUUCAAUAACCCAAAGGUUCAGGCCUCCUUGGCUGCCAACACCUUCACGAUCACGGGGCACGCCGAGAACAAGCAGCUUACAGAGAUGCUCCCGGGAAUCCUAAACCAGCUGGGAGCCGACAGUCUCACCAGCCUCAGGAGAUUAGCGGAGAACCUGCCCAGACCAGCUGGAGAGAACAAAGCCCCCAUGGUGAUCGCUGAGGAGGAUGAUGAGGUUCCAGAUCUCGUUGAAAACUUUGACGAGGCCUCAAAGGACGAGGCAAACUAACAAACGCCAGCAAACAUGUCGAGGCCACUCUCAGCUCACCGUACUUUGACACGGCAACACAUUUUCUAAUUGUUAAUCUCUGCAAUCGCUCUGCAGCUACAAACAAAAAAAUGUAGGUUUUAAAAAUUGUAACCAUGACAAUUGGGCUAAAAUGUACUUUUUCUUUUUUACGGUAACUUCAUUUAUCCUCCUGUUCGAUUUGCCUCAUUCUGCAGUACAAAUGAGAUGAUUUAAUUCAGUGGAAUGUGCAAACCUCUCUUACAUGCCUCUCCUGCAUUGUGAUGCCCACAUCCCAAAUGUAUUGGUGGAAUGAAUCAUGUAAUAAAAAUUACAUCAAAAAUGAAAAA